ACUAGUUCACGUCUGAAUCCUCAAGCCAUGAGCUCGUCAUUUAAACUUUUUUUCACAGAAUUACUGAUGCCUUCUGUAAUUGUUGCUGCCAUUGCAAUCGGGAUUGAGAUUUGUAAGGAAGAAAAACUGAAUUUGUCUGAUAUAGUGAGUUAUCCUGGCGAUCCGCUCCGGAUACUUUUGGUUGGAAAAACAGGUGUGGGAAAGAGCGCAACAGGCAACACCAUCAUUGGACAAGAAGUUUUUAAGUCAGAGAUUUCAUCUUCCUCUGUGACUGCACAUUGUGAAAAGUUUCACACAGUAAUUAACGGCAGAAAAGUGUCCGUCAUUGACUCUCCGGGUCUGUUUGACACCAGCUUACCUGUGGAUGAAGUGGUCAACAGAAUUAAACUCUGCCUUCCUCUCUCAGCUCCAGGUCCACAUGUGUUUUUAGUUGUGAUUCAGCUUGGCAGAUUCACAGAUGAAGAAGAAGAAGCUGUGAGAAUCAUCCAAGCAGCCUUUGGUGAGGAAUCCUCCAUAUACACCAUGGCUCUGUUCACUCAUGGAGAUCGAUUAGAGGGGAAAAACAUUCACUCAUUUGUGCGGGAUAGUCCAAAACUGCUCAGCUUCAUCAGAACCUGCAAUGGUCGAUACCACGUGUUCAACAAUAAAGAAGAAAAUCCAGAGCAGGUCAUUCAGCUGCAGGUGACUGGAAAUGGUGGUCAACACUACACCAGUGAGAUGCUGGAGAGGGCAGAAAGAGCAAAUGAAGAAGAAAGACGGCGUAUCCUGAAGGAGAAACAGGAGCAGAAACUGAAGGAGAUCGCAGCUCUGAGGGAACAGCUUGAAGAUGAGGCCUAUGAAAAAGCAAUGAAAAGAUUAAACAAUAAAAAUAGCUAACAACAGGCAAGAUAACAAGCUUUCGUUUUUAUUGUUGUAAGGCACUAAGCAAAAUUUUCUGGUGACCCAAAUGAAAACGUACAAU